AUGAAAGAGCGACGAGAAGGACGGAGAAGCAGGUACGAGGGCCCCACACGCGCGCACACGUACACGCGAGGGACUCGUUCGGCGAGAGCGAGACGAGAGGAGGGAGCGCGGGGGGGGAGAGGAAGAGAGAAAAAGGGAGAGAAGGACGGAGAGAGACAGUCGAGCGCGAACUCGUGGUGCGCGGAGGUGCCACCAGCCAGAGUAGCAGCGGAGACGGAGGUGGCCCGUGCCUGUGGGCCCUGUGGCUACCCGUGACCGCCCGUGGCUCAUUGUUACCCGCCGCCCCGCUGUUGUAACGCGACGCGAAGGUGCGUGCCGCGCGGUCGCCCCGGGUUCGUUCGCCCGCCGCUCGUCGUUACCUCCCUCGGUGCCCGAGCCCGGCCGACACGGCGCGUCGUCGUCCACCGGGAGCAGCAGCGCGAGGUGCUCUGCCUCCGCCGCCGUCUCUCUCUCUCUCUUUCUUUCUCUUUUUCUCUCGCUCUCCUCGUUCCUUUUCUCACCUCCUCUCUCCUUCUCCCUCGUACACGCGAAUGUGAUCGGUAUAGUGCGACCAGUGCGACGUGAUACGUUCUCGCUCGCGGAUCGCCCUUCGCUGUGCUCGCGCGAUACAAUAGGUGCCACGGUGCCGUCAUCGUGAAAAAAGACUGUCAGGAGUGCCUUAUAUUACUUCCUCCACGAGAGCUGGACUUACCCGCGAUACGACAUCGCCGUCAUCGUCGUCGUCGUCGUCGUCGUCGUCGUCGUCGUCGGUCGAGAGAUUCGGAACGAGAGAGGAAAAUUGAGAGAGAGAGAGAGCGCCGGGGCGCGCUCGAGGACGAGAUAUAAAAGAAGCGAAAAAACGAUCGAUAUCGAGAUCCUGCCUGUACGUAGCUCCUGAUAAUUCACAGAGACGACAAUAAGAGGCUUCGCCGUAAGGAUGCUGUACGGUUUCGCGGAGAUCGAGAGGCCGCAAGUCGUAUCACGAGCCGCUUGCAGCAGCGUAAUCAGCUGAGAAUGUCGGAGCAAAACGGGCCCAGCGAGGGCCCAGGACCAGGGCCUGGUUCGGAUUCAGGCUGGUGGUCGGCCACACAGACCUGGAAAUCAUCGUCGUCAUCGUCGUCGUCGGCGGUGGCGGCGGCGACCUCAUCUUCAACUUCCACUUCAGCAGCAGGUUCUGCGUCCGUUUCGGUUUCCUGCGUCACGUCCAGUUCGUCCCCGACGAGUUCCUCCACCUCGACCAACACAUCCGCGACCUGUUGCCCCUUGCCUUGCGUCGGUGUAUCGAUGAGCCCGAGCCGUUCCACGGAGACGGGGAAAAACGUGUCUGUCACCACUAUUAACGUACCGCCCAAUCAAGAAAUGCACGAUGGUAAAGGAGUGUGUAAAUAUCUCGGAGGACAGAACGGUGUGACGGUGUCGGUGGUAUCGACCUCGAUGCUGGGAUGCGGAAACACCGUCCCGACGAGUGGAAUCUGCGCGAAUACGGGUCCGCAUAGUAUCGGAAUCGGCGGUAUCCUCGCCGCGAACGCGGCCGACAUCGACGAUCCCGAAGACAGCGAUGGUGAAAUCAGCAAGAUUGACUUUAGAGGCGUCAAUCUGCGCUCGAAGAAGAAACGCGACGUGUCGGGUAAUCAGAACGGUGACAAGAUCGGCGACGGGGAUGCGAAUGGCGAUGGCGCGGGAUGCUGCGAUAAUUCGCAACAGCAGCCCGAGAGGCCGAUGUCGUGGGAGGGAGAACUGUCGGACCAAGAAAUGUCUUCCAAUACAAUUACUAAUCAGGACCAUAACGAGGAAACCUCCAUGGAGGGAGUUCAAGUGUGCAGUACGAGUCCUGGACCCAUGGAACAGAAAUUUCCGAUUAAGUCAGAGCCAGAUUUUCGAUCCAGUCCGGCUUUCACAAUAGGAUCCUUUCACGACGCUGGACUACCUAUGACACACAACCAACAACUACAACAGCAGCAACAGCAACAACGCGGUAUCGAAAAUCUCGAGCAGACACAACAGAGCGAUUUACCGCUUCUCGUGGGCAAGCUUUUAGGUGGAUACAAUAAUUCCACGCCUAAUCAUAGCCCUAUUCUCAAUCCACGACAUCAUCUAACCAAGCACAGUCAUACUAGAUCACAGGUACCGUCACCAGAUUCCGCCGUUCAUUCCGCAUACAGCGUCUUCAGUUCACCGACACAAAGUCCUCACGCGGCGCGGCACUCCGCUCUAGGUGCGGGCAGCCCGAUACCGUCCUCGUCAUUAUCCCUCUCUCGACACAGCUUCAACAAUUCGACCUCCUCGCUAUCCCUAUCGCUGUCACAUUCGCUGUCAAGGAAUAACUCGGACGCUUCCAGUAGUUGUUAUAGUUAUGGCUCGCUUAGUCCGCCUACACAUUCACCCGUCCAGCAGCCGAGACAUUCGCAUUCGCACUCGCAACAUCAUCAGCAUCAAGUGGCGCAAGGUAGCCCGUUGCAUCUUCCAACAGCCUCGUCUGCUGUCGCCGCGCAUCAUUAUUCAUCCUCUUCAGUGCCAGGCUCGGAACUGUCACCGGACGGCCACGCGGUCGUAGAGGAUCAGGAAGACUGUAGAAUACCUUCAGCGCCGUCAGGUAUUUCCACCAGACAGCAACUGAUAAAUAGUCCCUGUCCGAUUUGCGGUGACAAGAUAAGCGGAUUUCAUUACGGUAUCUUCUCCUGUGAGUCGUGCAAGGGAUUCUUCAAGCGUACCGUCCAGAAUCGCAAGAACUAUGUGUGCCUUAGAGGCGCAGCUUGUCCGGUCACCGUGGCCACGAGGAAAAAAUGCCCGGCCUGCCGCUUCGACAAGUGCCUCAACAUGGGUAUGAAGCUCGAGGCGAUCAGGGAGGAUCGUACCAGAGGUGGUAGAAGUACGUAUCAGUGCACCUAUACUCUACCGGCGAAUCUUGUCGGCAGUCCCGCCGGCGGUAUGGCCGGCAGCGAAAAACUGACGGCAGCGGGCAAUUGCAGCCCGGCACCGGCCGGAAGCGAGCACCAUUACUCGGUCAGAUAUCACUCGAAUCAUUCGCAUAAAAUGCAAGUGCCGCAACUCUUGCAAGAUAUCAUGGAUGUGGAGCAUCUUUGGCAUUAUAACGAUAAUGAUCGAGUAAGCGGGGGAAUGUCCGGGAAUGUGAGAAACAUCUCUGUUAGCGGUGACAAUAAUAUGCAAUGUGGAUUCGGAAGUGGCCCAUCGGCACCCGGCGGAACUGCGAGUGUUAUUGGCACCGGAAAUAACGGAGGCGCGGUGGAAUGUUCGUCGAACGAUUCGAGCAAUGUCGAUACUAACAACAGAAGAGGAGAGUCGGGUAGUCCCGCCGGCUCGGCUUCCACAAGGGCGCCCGAUGAACAUUCCACGAACGGCAAUACCGUGAAUAAUGGCAAUUCUCAAAUCGCCAGUAAUUCCAAUAAUGGCAAUCCGACGCAACAUCCGGAUUUUCUGUCUAACUUGUGCAACAUCGCAGACCACCGGCUCUAUAAAAUUGUCAAAUGGUGCAAGAGUCUGCCGUUAUUCAAGAAUAUCUCGAUCGACGACCAAAUUUGUUUAUUGAUCAACUCUUGGUGCGAAUUACUACUCUUCUCCUGCUGUUUUCGUAGCAUGAAUAGUCCCGGUGAGAUCAGAGUGUCUCUUGGCAAGUCGAUCACUCUGGCACAAGCUAAAGAACUUGGUUUAGCGAAUUGCAUCGAAAGAAUGCUUGCUUUUACCAAUAAUCUGCGAAGGCUAAGAGUAGAUCAAUACGAAUAUGUUGCAAUGAAGGUGAUCGUACUGUUAACGUCCGACAUAAGCGAAUUAAAGGAACCUGAAAAAGUCAGAGCUUCUCAGGAAAAAGCCCUUCACGCAUUGCAGCAAUACACAAUUGCGAAAUAUCCAGAAAUGCCUGCCAAAUUCGGUGAACUAUUAUUGAGAAUUCCAGAUUUACAAAGAACAUGUCAAGCAGGAAAAGAACUACUCAGUGCAAAACGCGCCGAGGGAGAAGGCAGCUCCUUUAAUCUUUUAAUGGAAUUGUUAAGAGGAGAUCACUGAAUUAUCAACGCAGUAUAAACCAAGCCAUUCCACGCUUAUAGGGUCCAUAAGCUUAGGGAAUCGGAUAUAAUAGGUAUUCGCAAAGUGUAAGAAAGAUUAAAGAAAUGAAAAAACGGCAGAUGUAAGAUCUAUAGUGACAUUAGUACUUGGUGAGGGGAUUGCAUUCUUCGUAAUUAGGUCGCAUUAAUCUAAUAAAAAUGAGAGGAACUUUCUAUUUUACACCGAAAUGCUUCCAUACAGAUCGCGCGUGUUCGUGUUCUUCUAUCGAAACAAAUGAAUUUCAAAGCGGCCUACGGUACACUGGAUAUUCAGUGCACAUGUAGAUGCUAAUGAGACUGAAAGUAUAAUUGAUACGGAGACACGCAGAGCAUUUACUUUUACAAUGAUAAGCGUUGUAUAAAUAUGUGAGAUGGUAUCAAAUGGCAUUAAAAUGCUAAAUUCUAUUAGAGAUGGGUGUAACCUAUUCGAGUGCAAACUCUUUAUAAUAGGAAAUGCGCAAUCUAUAAACAAAGUUGACCUCUGUAAUUAACGGUUAUAAUAGAACAGAACACCAGUAUUGCGUAUUGUUCUGCGCUUACUUAAGAACAGAGCAUAGCCAUGCCUUAUAUAUCCCAGUUAUGAAAGUGUACUUAAAAAACUCAACACAUCAGUCGACCAAUUAUCUACUUAUAGAGCAAUUAAUCAUGGAACAAUUAGUUAAUAUGUUUAGUAUAUGUAUA